AUGAGCCUCGUCCAGUCGACCAUCGACGACUACCUCGUCGCGUCCUUCCCGCUCCCGACGCCCGCUCAAGCUCGCGCUCUCCCACCGCAUCCGCCAGUCGCCGCCGUCCAGUACACCGCACACCCGCGCCAGGAUGCCCGACUCGCAGUAGCCACCCCGGGAGUCGGCCUCUCGGUCUACGAUCUCGCCGACCAGACUCCGCUGUCCUCCAUCACCGUCGGGCCCUCGUUCGCACCCACGACGGCCGCCAUCUCGCGCUCGACGCCCUCGACCUCGUCCGACUCGAUCCGCGUCAAGAGCGCACGGCGUACAUGGGUCGGCGUCCGCACCGACGAGGGCAAGGGCGAGAUCUGGUGCUGGCACGAGGAGGAGCGCAAGGACGGCAGCACCGAGGGCGACUCGGGCAAGGCUGUCUGGCCCAUCUCGGAGCCACUCGCCGCUCUCGCCGCACCUCGCACCCUCCCCUCGCACAUCUCGUUCCUCUCGACCUCUGGCGCGCUCGCCCUCGCCCCGGCCGACGACCUCACGUCCCUCGCCUCCCUCCCUGCACCCACGGACGCUUCCCCUGCCGUCAGCCAGACGCUUCGCCUAGUUCACGUCUCGGCGACGUCCGCCCCGGCGUUCCUCCCUUCCUCCCUCGUCGCCGCCCUCCCCACUUCUUCCUCGUCCAAGGCGCACCUCGGCCUCAUCGUGCGCAAGUACGCCGCGCCGACGCCUGCAGACGGUGGCUCGCUCGUCGAUGUCGGCAAGAAGAAGUUCAAGAAGGCGCCCCGACCCUCGUCGUCGGCCGUCAUCGACGCGGCGGACGCGGCGGGCCCGUCGACUGCGCAGGUCGGCCAGCGGAGCGAGAUCGAGCUCGUCCUGAUGGACCCGGAGGUGGCGAUGCCGGACGAGUUUGAGCCUCGGCUCGGCCUUUUGAGCCUCGGCAAGGUGGCGGUCGAGGGGGAGCAGGUCGUGGUUAGCGACGACGGCAUUGUCACGGCCCUCGGCUCGAACGGCACCCUGGCGGCGUCUCGCCUCUCGUUCACCUCGCCGCUCCCUGUCGACACCUACUCGACCCUCUAUUUCCCUCCCGCCCCUGUCGACACCCCAACUCUCGCCCUCGCCCCGCUCAAGUCGGUCGCGCUGUCGACCUCGUCCCUCACGCCUUCCCUCUCCUGCCUCCUGGCCCUCCACUCGUCGUUCGUCGUCGUCGCCUCGCCUCGGCCGACCACGUCCGACAGCAGCGCCCCGACCGUGUCCCUCACCUACUGGGACACACGCUUUGGCAGCGUCAUCGCCUCGGCCGACCUCACGGUCCCGUCCGCCGUCGCGUCGUCCGUGUCGGCCCUGUCGCUCUCGCUCUCCCUCCCGGCCCGCCACACGGCCAUCCUCACCCUCUCGCCUGCGCCCUCGGCGUCCGGCACGCGCACGGCCCUGUUCGGCCUCCCCGUCGCGUCGCUCCCGUCGGCGUCGGUCCUCGCCGCCGUCGUCGGCAAGCACUCGCUCACGGCGCGCUUCCUCGCCGUGUCGCCCGCCGCCCAGAGCGUCGUCGCGCGCGCCAAGGCGACCGAGCCCCUGCGCUCGCAGCGCCCGGGCCAGAGCGAGAAGAAGCUCGCGCUCCAGGAGGCGAGCCGGCUCGCGCGCGAGCACCUCCUCGAGCGGCUCGAGCGCGUCCUCGCGCCGCUCAAGGCCGGCGCCGGCGCCAUCGCGCAAGACGUCGCCGUCGUCGAGGCCGAGAAGGUGUGGGCCAAGUGGCUCGACGAGGACAAGGACCGCCUGUGGGACUACAACAAGGGCAAGGUCCGUGCCGCCAUGGAGAAGGAGCAGGAGCGGCGCAUGGCGGCCAUCACGGACGCCGGCGAGGACGCCGACGGCGACGCGAGCCGGUACAAGGUCGCCAAGCGCAAGAUUGAGCGCGCGAUCGCGGCGGCGGGCGCGAGCGUCAAGCCGGGCGUCGUCGGCGCCGCCACGACGGCCGACAAGAAGGCGGCCAAGGCGAGCUGGAAGGACGUGACGGCCGCGAGGAUCAAGGGCGUCAGCGACCGGUACCGCUACAUGUACCACCGCGAGCGCAACAAGAUGGAGGAGGCCAUGGGCAAGACGGUCAAGGAGUUCGACUGGGACGAGGCCGUCGCCAAGGUCGAGCGGUACGAGCCGUCUCUCCCCUCGUCGUUCGUCACGGCCCUCCUCCGCCUGUCCUUCCCCGUCCCCCUCACCUCGUCGACCGACCUCACCAUCUCGCCGUCGGGCGUCCUCGCCGCAUCCGAGACGGUGUGGCGCCACCCGACCAAGAUCAUCGGCUACCUCCUCCGGCGCGAGCUCGUCGGCGAGAACCAGGUCGAGGGCGGCGUCACGAGCUUCCUCGCCCGUGCGGCCGACUGGCCCAACAUCAUGCUCGCGCUCAAGACGCUUCCCGACAUCCCCGAGUCCACGACCGUCGCCCUCCUCGUCGCCGUCGUUCGCGGCACCUCGUCUCGCGCGUCCGCCGACGACGCCAUGGACACCGAGGACGCCUCGACUGCCCUCCCCGCACCUGUGCCCGCCCUCGCACCCUUCCUCGCCGCCAUGCUCGCCUCGCCAUGCACGCCGGCGACGCUCCGCCUCGAGCUCAAGAAGCAGCUCUCGGCCGCCGAGGCGCUUCCCGUCCUCGAGCAGUGCGACGCGUGGUUCGCGGCGUGGCUCCGAGACGCGCAGCCCGAGGCGCCGCGCGACGACGUCAAGGCCAAAAAGGGCAAGGGCAACAAGGCGGUCGCGGCCGACAUCGUCCCGUUCGUCCAGGCCAUCCUCGACGCCCACUUUGUCACGCUCCUCCUCCAGCGCCAGUCGCACCGCCUCCUGCGACGCCUCUCCCAGCACAUCGCGACGCACACGGCCCUCGUCACCGACCUGUCGACGCUCAUCGGCGCGCUGUCGAUCUACUCGCGCAAGAAGGACGAGCAGCGCCGGGCCGCGCUCGAGGACAAGGCGGCGGCGGGUCGCAAGGCGCAGCGGGACGGCGUGCGCGAGUUUGGCGAGACGAUGCAGCGCCGGAUCAAGGCGCAGGAGAAGCACGCCGAGGUCGGGCAGUACCAGGUCGAGGAGUUCUUCCUGUAGAUGGCCGCUCUCGUGCAAGCGCUCUUCUCUCGCAGCG